UGCAACUUAUCUCGUGGUCUCGCGAUUAAUAUUGAAACUUGUAAGGUGAAUGUUUGAAAGGUUGCUACUAAUCUCUACCAAUGGCAAGUAAGCUAGGCGAACGGGCCGGCUCGAUCAUGUCAACUGAAUUUGAAGUUGUUUUUGAAUUCUGACGACGCUUCUAUUCCAUGAUUAUCGAAAAGAUAGGUUGAAUUCGACAAUUUUUGUACGAAAUUAAAUUACUGUAAGGAAUCGUAUUAUAUGCAUAUAAAUUAAAUCAUUUUAUCGUGUUAUGCGCUAAGAUGAAUCCGUAUAAAAUACACUCAUCAUAAUUUGCUAUGUUUGUUUGUCCAAUGUCCUAUGCACCAUUACAGACGCCCAAUCAGCAGAGCAGCUGAGCGCGAACUCUGAGUACGUCUGUUGUGUGUAAUGUGUAUACGUCUUAAUUCUAUGUUCCUAUGUAAAUAUAAAUAUUUUAAUCUUGUAUCACCAUUUGAGACCCGAGGAUUUGCUAUUUUUAAUUUUAAAUAAAUCAUCAAAUCGUUACUUUGGUGACAAAAACCUACAAUUUUUAUUAUGACGAUUAUUGUGUGAUGUAGCUUUGAUACCAAGAGACUGAUGAUCCUCAAUUGAAGAAUAAUACUUCAUCAAAUGAAGCUUAUACGAUUCAUUACACUAACAAAAUGAAAAAUCCGUUCGUAAUUGUUGACACAAUUGAUGAACAUUCAAAGCAAGUCGUCAUGUCUAAAAGGGAAUCUGUGACAAUAGCAAAAAAUGCUGAUGAUAGUAGUGUCGAGACGUUGACUGAAGUUUUCCGUUGUUUUAUUUGUAUGGAAAAAUUGAGAGAUGCUCACUUGUGUCCUCAUUGUAGUAAAUUGUGUUGUUUCGUUUGCAUAAAACGCUGGAUUACCGAGCAAAGACCUCAAUGUCCUCACUGUCGAUCACCUCUACAUCUUAAUGAUUUAGUUAAUUGUCGAUGGGUUGAAGAAGUAACCCAACAACUUGAUACUCUGCAGUUUAUUGGUAAUAGUAAUUCAAAAUUCAAAGACUCUAAAAAGGAUCAAUGUUUGACUCACCAUGAAAAGUUAUCUGUUUAUUGCUUGACUUGUAUGACGUCUAUGUGUCAUCAAUGUGCUUUAUGGGGAUGUAAACAUUCUGGACAUACUUUCAAACCAUUAGAUGACAUACACGAGCGUCAUUUAUCUCAGAUAAAAGCUGGAAUAGCUCUAUUAAAACGUAGGUCACUGGAGUUGAAUAUGCAAAUCCAAGAAGUAGAAAGAAAUGUUAAAUCUAUUAGAACAGCAAAAGAUGAAAAAGUAAGAGAAAUUAGAAAUGCAGUUGAGCUAAUAAUAGCCCGUUUAGAUUCACAACUAAAAGCAAAACUUUCUACUUUAACGGGUCAAAAAAAUGUAUUAUCACAUGAAACUGAAGAAUUAGAGGCUCUUUUAAAGAACAUUGAUCAGCAGUUAAAUUCCAGCACAAAGUCUGAACUGAUUUCACAGAGUGCAGAAAUAAUACAUAUAAUAAAUCAAUCUCAUCAAAAGCCAAUGAUUAGCUUUGUGACAGCAACUGUGCCAUCUGAUUUUCCUAGUGAAAUUGUGCCAGAAUUUGAUAACGGAACAUUUAUUAUUCGAAAUUUCUCUAAACUUCAAAUAAAAGCAGAUCCUGUUUAUUCUUCUCCACUACAUGUUAAUGGACUAUGCUGGAGGCUAAAAGUUUAUCCUGAUGGUAAUGGGGCAGUUAGAGGAAAUUUCUUAUCUGUAUUUCUAGAGUUAAGCGCUGGUUUACCUGAAACUUCCAAGUAUGAGUAUAGAGUUGAAAUGGUUUAUCAAGGUUCUCCAGAAUCAAACAAAAAUAUUAUAAGAGAAUUUGCCUCUGAGUUUGAUGUAGGAGAAUGUUGGGGUUACAACAGAUUUUUUAAAUUAGAUUCACUUGGCCCUGAAGGUUAUUUAAAUACAGAACAAGAUACAUUGAUUUUGAAGUUUCAGGUUCGCCCUCCUAAUUUUUAUCAAAAAUGUCGGGAUCAACAGUGGUACAUAAAUCAGUUAUUGACAAUUCAAAAUCAAUACAAAACACAAAUUGAUGAUCUUAAACAAAAAUUGAGCACAGAACUUAUUCAAAAAUCAAUAAGAAGUCACAGGAACUCUUCAUUAGAGAGUUCAAACUCUUCAACAGCUUCAGUAUUUGAUCAGCCAAAACAAUUAAAUGAAUCAGCAAUUGGAGAACAUAACAUGUGUCCACUGAAAUUUACAUAUACAAAUUUGCCUAGAACAAUACCAGAAACUAAAAUCAAUAAUGAAUUGAAAAUGAAUAAUGAAGUAACAAAUAACUUUGGAUCAUUUACACUGGAAGAAUUUGUUGAUUAUAAAAUCAAAAAAUCAGAUAUAAAUAAUGGGAGUAUAACAGAAUCUUUAAAUAAUCAAUGCAUUAAAUCUAUCAAUUCAUCUAACCAAGCUUCCAACUUGGAAGAUAAUGCUCCCUCCAGCUGCAGCAGUAGUGACUGUGAUGAAAUAAGUGAGGAGGAAAAUGCAACAGCCAACAUAAAUGUAACUUCACUGCAUAAUAAUUCUGCUGAUGAAAAAGAUAUUGAAAAUGAAGCCAUGUCUGGUGAAAAUGAUAUAGAAUCUUCAAGAAUGCCAUGGUUACAAAGUGAGCACAACUUUAAUGUUAAAGAAAAUUUUAGGAUGCCAGAAAAUGAAAAUAGAGCAAGGAAUCUCGAUGGAUUAGAGAAUGAAUUUCAUCAUGUGAUGCAAAUGCAAGGUAGAACAACUUUGCAAAGUCGAAGAACUCAUGAACUUCUAAACCCACAAUAUCCUAUUCUGAGAUAUUCUGAUUGUGAUUCAAUUGAAUCACUUGACAUGCAGUACACUAAUGCAAUGCCUUUUAAUUGGAGUUUAUCUCCUCAAGACCACGAAGAUUCACAUUCAAGUAAUGAUCGACAUAGUAUCUCUAACAAAUCCAUUGAAGAAUCCGAAUUUCAGCCUACUACUCGAUCAACUUCGAUAAAAAGUGAUAAAAAUAAUGUUGAUCAAGAAUUAAAUUCAAUGCAAAUACCCGAUUUAAGAGUACCAACUCUUACUUUAGAUAAUAAAUCAAAUCAAAGGAAUAACUCUUCAAAUUUGCCAUCACAUAAUUGCGAUACUAGAAAUUCUUUAAAAAAAAGCGAAUCUCUCGACGAAUUACUGAGAAGUAUGCAACUAUUACCGGAUAAUGUGAACUCCUAUGAUUUGCCCGAUGAAAGAUCAAAUCCAUAUUUUAAUAAACAAUCAACUUCUAAUGCCGAGAAUCUUGGAAGAUUAUCAGAAUUUGAUGAUAAUAGUUCUACAAUUCACGAGGAAAAUAUUGAAACUACUUCUGACUCUAAUUUGACAAUGAACUGCAAUCAAAGUUCAAAUAAUUAUGCCUGGAUUUUGUCAUCUCUCACGCAAAAUACUGGUGAAAAUUUCAUUGACUUUGAAUUACCCGGAUCAUCUGACAGCAAUACGUCUACUUCAACUGAGAUAACACCCAAUAGAAAAAAUUGAUCUUCUAGCAAUAUGCCAAGACAGAAAAUUUUUAAAUUUUCAAGAUGAUAUUGUACACCCUCGAAGUUUUUUGGUACUGCUUUGCAGUAAUUUUACUUAGUAUCCGUGUAAUUGAUUGACUUCACAUUUGUUUUUGUUUUAAUUCUAUACAUUGUGAAAUGGUUAUACAUAAAUAAAUAAUUAAAUGGUUGAAA